CGCUUUUCUACUGUUGCGAUUUCGGAGGCAUCGCACAACAUCAGCAGAAGCCACCCGUGGCAGAACGUAUACAAACGCAUGGUCAACGCACUCAGGGCUCCUUCGUUUAUGGGUUUCUGGUUUCUAUAAUCGUACCUUGCGCCUGUGCCUGACAGUGUGUGGACCGAUCUAAUAAGAAUGGCUAAAAGAAGUAGUGUCACAUGCGUAAAACCAUCGGACCCUCCGUUCUUGAGGAAGCUUAAGGAGCGCGUCGGCUACAAAGAAAGCCCGACGGUCGACACGAAGAGGGAAGAACACCAACCUGUGGACACUGUAGACCCCGACCUCGAUGACGAAAAGCCUGUCGUCGUCGUUCUCAAGGCGGGCGAUUUGACUGCUGAGGAAGCUGAAAUCUACAGUCAAAGAGAAGUUUCAUAUAAUGAGCCUGCAGAUGGCAAGAUAAUGUUCAAGAAGCCAACAAAAAGGAAAGACAGCACCGCUUCAACAGAUGGGCAAGCCAAGAGGGUCAAGGAGGUUGACAAAAGCCGCCGCCAGCAAGUGAACUCCAUUAGAGACAGCCGUCUUCUGUCUUUUGGUGACGAUGACGAUGAGGACUAAUAGUGGCAUGCAGGUGGAUGCUAGCACUGCCUGCACUCAGCCAGCAUUAUUGGAUUUCCAAGCAGUACAGUCAUUGGGGAAGUUCAUCACCAGUACUGAUGGGUGGGCUGUACUUUAGCUGCUGCCAGAUUUUGCAGCUCAUACAUGUUAAAAGUAUGUUGUAAAGGUGUUUGGCACUGCUCUGUAAUGUAUUUGGACAAUUGAUGAGGGCAAGUGUCUACAUAACGUCUGUUGUUUAAGGCCUUCCUAACUGUCACAUUAUUGUUGCACCCAAUGCCCACAGGUGCGAUGCGUAUACAGGAUUUUUAUGUGUAUACGCACUUUACCUUCGUCAAGCCCGUGUGGCCAUAGAAUGUGACCGCAUGUCAUGACAACCUGCAUUUUUCACGCAAAGCUCUUUGUGACGUGUAAUGUAGUGUGUGCAUUCCUGUACCAGUCAGCUUAAAUUUCAAGGAAGCCACCAAUACUAUUUGCUUUUCUCAAUUCUCAAAACACAGUGAGACUGCUUCAGCAAUUUUUUUUUUAGAGUUUGCCAAUUUGUCUUUUUUGGCACUGGCAAUGACACUUAAUACAUAAUUUACUUCUGAACAACACUGCACGCAAAUCAGGCCUUUGUUGCAUUCUUCACUGAGGGACCUUCCAAGACUCGUACUUUACUUUUUCAUUAGCUAAGGUUAUUAUUCUCUCUCUCUAAAGAGAGAGAAGAGAGUGCCAUGCACGGGGCUACACGAGUAGACGUCGUACAAAUGUAGCGUGGAACCUGGGUGCCUCGGGUUCCUUGCACAUAGCGGAGAAAUGUGUAAUGGGAGAUGAGCUCUGUUGUCAAGUUAUUUAGGAGUUGGACUCUGGUACUUAGGGUUUGGUGGUUCCUCUAUGAGAAAUCACACUUGGUAGACAGUUGUCAUCUUGUUGCACCAAAAGCAUGUGUUCAUGUGCCUGUUUGUUGCAUUGGAAAGAUAGAAACAGUCCGCAGUCCACAGAAAAAGCAUGAAAAGGAAAUAAUUAUUACAUUAUCCCAGCCCACGUGUUAUGUUUGUAUAGAAAACUUUUUUUCCUGUAUGCAUGCUACUAUUCAAAAAAAAAAAAAGUGGGUUGGCAUCACCCAUUGGCCUCACAUGUCUUUGACUUGUGUUUAACCAAAAAAUUUGUUUUGUUUGGGUUAUGCCCACCAAAAUAUAGCAGAAGAAGAACCCACAACGAUAGCUGCAUAAUCCCCAGGCAUAUUUAUUAGCAGAUAGCACAGUGAGCUAGCAUUCGGCCAAUAGGAGCAUAUUCAGUAGAGACAGAAAAGAAGCUCAAGUUCGCUCAGUAAAAUCCAUUUUUCUUAAUUUGAACAAAGAUAUUGAGGGAGAUGCAAGCUGAAGUCGGACACAUUCAAGCUCUGAAUCAUUGACCUUACCCAUUUUGUUAAGUGUGGCCAUUUCCAUGUGUUUUAGCUGUCUUUCUCCCCAUUUCUUUUAAAGGUUUACCCACUUUGUGCUAAUUUAUGUUAGCCACAGUCAAUAAAAGGCAGAACGGAA